CCCAGCCCAAAAACAUACAUAUAAUAUAAUGAGUAUAUAAACAACCAACACAACACAUAUCCAUUUUCAAUCUGCUGUUGUAAUCUGUUGUUUAGGGUUUUCGUGAGGCGGCGGCUGAAACACAAUCAAACAAGAUGGUUUUGCCGAACGAUGUUGAUUUGCUGAACCCACCAGCAGAAUUGGAAAAAAGGAAGCAUAAACUCAAGCGUCUUGUUCAGUCUCCUAACUCCUUCUUUAUGGAUGUUAAGUGUCAAGGCUGCUUUAACAUAACCACUGUGUUUAGCCACUCUCAAACCGUUGUAGUGUGCGGAAACUGCCAGACGGUGUUAUGCCAGCCGACUGGUGGUCGGGCCAGACUCACUGAAGGUUGCUCUUUUAGGAGAAAGGGGGACUGAUGGGCAUGAUGUUUAAGUAGAAGAUAAUGGGCAAUGUUGUUUUUUUUAUGGAUAUGCAGUCUGUUUAGUUUUCAUGAUAACUUUAUUACAUGUCAUGCUGCCUGAAGAAGCUCUGGUCUUUGUUAUUCCCUAUGAAUGUUAUCACCUUGUUUGCUAUAUAGAAAGCUGUUUGGCUAUUUGGUUACG